GAAAAUAAAAUGGGAAACCACUCCAAAAUCACACAAUUCAUUUUGGAAGGAUUCUCAGGUCCUGUAGAGCUACAGCUGGGUUUGUUUUUUCUUUUCAUGCUGCUGUACAUCAUAACGUUGAUGGGGAAUAUUGGAAUGAUCAUUAUUAUUACUCUUGAUCCUCAACUCCAAAGUCCUAUGUAUUUCUUUCUGAAGAAUUUAUCUUUCUUAGAUAUCUGCUAUUCCUCAGUUAUAACUCCCAGAGCCAUGGUGAGCUUUGCAACAGGGGAUAAAGGCAUUUACUAUAAUGCAUGUGCCAUACAAAUGUUCUGUUUCUCUCUUUUUGGAACAACUGAAUGUUUCUUCCUAGCUGUGAUGGCAUAUGAUCGAUUUGCUGCCAUCUGCAAUCCCCUGCUUUAUAACAUCACCAUGUCUAGGAAAACCUGUAUACUUCAAAUAAUUGUUUGUUAUUUUUUUGGCUUCAUCAACUGUUGCACACAGACAAGCCUUACUUUCAGCUUAUCCUAUUGUGAACCAGGGAAAAUUAACCAGUUCUUCUGUGAUGUUCUAGCUGUAAUGGAAGCAGCUUGCUCAGACACUUUUGUAAAUGAGAUUGUGCUUCUAGUAUUGUGUGGGUUUAUCAUAAUGAUAACAUCCACCAUAGUUUUGAUUUCCUAUGUCUAUAUUGUGGCCACAAUUCUCCACAUGGCUUCUGCAGAGGGGAGACGCAAAGCUUUUUCAACCUGUACUUCUCAUAUCAUGGCUGUUACCUUGUUCUUUGGAACAGCUUUCUUCAUGUAUGGUCAGCCUGGAGCAAUGGCUUCUCUGAAUCAAGGCAAAAUCGUUUCUAUUUUUUAUACUGUUGUAAUUCCUAUGUUGAAUCCAUUAAUCUACAGCCUAAGGAACAAGGAGGUCAAAGAUGCAUUGGGCAGACAGCUAAAAAAGAUGACUUUCUUCAAAUGA